CAACAGAGAAGCGAGCAGAACCCUCACGUUGACGCCGAUAGGAGAGUAGGAACAAUGCAACUGACAUGGAAGGACAUCCCAACUGUUCCAACGUCCAACGACAUGUUGGACAUUGUGCUCAAUAGAACGCAGAGAAAGACGCCGACGGUGAUCCGUCCGGGCUUCUCUAUCCAGAGAAUCAGGGCGUUUUAUAUGAGAAAGGUGAAGUUCACAGCUGAAGGGUUUGAGGAGAAGUUCGACGACAUCUUGAAAGGUUUUCCUAAGAUUGAUGAUGUGCAUCCUUUCCACAGGGAUCUGAUGGACACUUUGUACGAGAAGAACCACUACAAGGUGUCUCUUGCUGCUGUUUCCAGGGCCAGAACCUUGAUUGAACAGGUUUCAAGAGACUACAUCAGACUGCUGAAGUUUGGUCAGUCGCUCUUCCAGUGUAAGCAGCUGAAGAGAGCUGCGCUCGGUAGAAUGGCCACUAUCAUGAAGAAGCUCAAGGACCCAUUUGCGUACCUUGAACAGGUUAGACAGCAUCUGGGUCGUCUGCCAUCUAUCGACCCAAACACCAGAACUCUGUUGAUUUGCGGUUAUCCUAACGUCGGUAAGUCCUCUUUCCUUCGUUGUAUCACAAAGGCAGACGUCGAGGUGCAACCAUAUGCCUUCACAACCAAGUCUUUGUAUGUUGGUCACUUUGAUUACAAGUACUUGAGAUUCCAGGCCAUUGAUACGCCAGGUAUCUUGGAUAGACCUACAGAGGAGAUGAACAACAUUGAAAUGCAGUCCAUCUACGCUAUUGCACACUUGCGUUCAACUGUGCUUUACUUUAUGGAUAUCUCUGAACAGUGUGGUUUCUCCAUCGAAGCACAAGUCAAACUCUUCCAUUCCAUCAAGCCAUUGUUUGCCAACAAGUCUGUUCUUGUCGUGAUAAACAAGACCGAUAUCCUUAAGCCAGAGGACUUGGACCCAGAACGUCAAGAGUUGUUGAAGACAUUGACCACGGUUCCAGGCGUUGAAAUCAUGACUGCUUCUUGUCAUGAAGAGGACAAUGUCAUGCAGGUUAGAAACAAGGCCUGUGAGAAGCUGUUGGCCUCCAGAAUCGAGCAGAAGUUGAAGGGUACUGCCCGUGUCAACAACGUCUUGAACAAGAUCAACGUUGCAAGACCUGCUCCAAGAGAUGACCGUAAGAGAGAGGCAUUCAUCCCAGAAGGCGUCAAGAAUCUCAAGAAGUACGACUCAACUGACCCUAACAGAAGAAGAUUGGCCCGUGAUAUCGAAGAAGAGAACGGUGGUGCUGGUGUCUUCAACAUCAACUUGCACGACAAGUACUUGCUCGAGGAUGACGAGUGGAAGGAUGAUAAGAUGCCAGAGAUCUUGGAUGGUAAGAACGUUUACGACUUCUUGGAUCCAGAUAUCGCUGCUAAAUUGCAAGCACUCGAAGAGGAAGAGGAGCGUUUGGAACAAGAAGGUUUCUACGACAGUGACUCUGAAAUUGAAGACGAGGAGGCCGAGGACAUCCAUGAGAAGGCUCAAUGGAUUAGAGAGAAGCAACAGAUGAUGAUUAAUGCUGCCAGAAACAGAAAGGCCUUGAAGAACGGUGGUACCAUGCCUCGUUCAAAGAUGUCCAAGUCAUUCUCUGAGAUGGAGGCACACAUGGAGUCUCUUGGACACGAUAUGUCCACAUUGCAGUCCAAGAAGGCUGCCAAACUUGCUGAGAAGUACCAGGACACCGGUGCAGACGUUGUGUAUGGCGAAUCAGUUGGUCCAUCUUCCUCGAAGAAACAACCUGCUUACAAGUCUGACCGUUUGACAGACGGUGUUGCUGAUGGUGCACUUAGAUCUAAGGCUGAGAGAAUGGCCAAGAUGGAAAGACGUGAACGUAACAGAUAUGCCAGACAAGGUGAAUCUGACCAUCACAUUGGUAACAUCAUGCCAAAGCAUUUGUUUGCUGGUAAGCGUGGUGUCGGUAAGACUGAUCGUCGUUGAUCGAUAUGCUGUAUCUAAUACAUUUGGUUUCAUGAUGAUAACUUUCUUCUUCUCUUUGCAUUUUGACUUUCAAUAGGGGUUUCUGAAUAUUGUUCUGUACAUUAGUUAAUGGGUUUUAAUUUACAAACGUUCCAU